AAAAUUAAAAAUUAAAAAUUAUAUAUCGGCCAGACAGGGCCUCCAAUCCAUUAGGUCUUUUCUGAAACGGCGAACAUUUUGUUCAAACGACGAUUGCAAAACCUCGAAAAAGGAAAAAUGGAAGAAGAGCCGAAGAGCAACAAAGUGGAAGCAAAUUGCUAAAAGACCCAUCUCGGAAAAGAAAAAUAUUCAAGGCCUGAGAUUCGAUUUUCGGAUUUCAAAUGCAAGAAAGGCCAAAACCCAAGAAAUUUAGAAUUCUUUGGACUCCUAUUUUGCAUUCGUGAUUCAGAGUCUUCAAGAACUAGACUAGGAGAAAUCGAAGAUGGCGACCGAGAAUACCCGAAUCUACCAUGAGAGGCAAAGAUUACAGUUCUGCCUUUUACACUCCCUCAACAAUCUCUUUCAGAAGGACGCGUUUACUCGUGCUAGCUUGAAUGAAAUUGCUGAGAAACUUGUUCUUGAUGAUCCAAACAAGGAGACCUGGACACCGUUCUCUGUGCUCUUUAAGCCUCAUCAUAAUGCAAUGACAGGAAACUAUGACAUAAAUGUUCUAAUUGCGGCCUUAGAAGGGGAAGGAAAGAGUGUAGUUUGGCAUGAUCGGCGCAAUGGAGCGUCUUUGAUCAAUCUCGAUGCCUCCGAGGAAUCUUUGAUGGGUAUUGUGCUUAAUGUGUCGGUUAGAAAGUUUGGUGGGCUAUGGAAAAGUAGGCAUUGGAUUACAUUGAAAAAGAUUGAUGAGGUUUGGUAUAAUUUGGAUAGUGAUCUUCUUGCUCCUGAGACUUUUAAAGAUACUGAAGAAGUAAGGGAAUUCUUGGAUUACAUCAUUGAUCAUGGUGGGGAGGUUUUGCUUGUCAUGAAUGGUAAGCAGUGAGCUUUGUUUGCUGAACUUCUGAAUAUGUUUGUGUGUAUAUGAUGUACUUGUACAAAAGAAGAGGCAGUUUGUAGACGAAUUCAGUUUCAUUUUUGCAUCUUUGUCAAAGCUUGGACUUCUUGAGAUAUUGUGGUAAAUCUGUUCCUGAGGGGUUUAUUGUUAGCAAGUUUUGUAAUAGGAGCUAUUUAGGAUGCUCUUAAUUGUUUCUUCAAUGAAUUGUUUUGAUCCUGAAGGGGUUCUGAAUUGGAUCAAAAUUCAGAAGUUGCUGGUAAAUAACAAUUGGUGGAUCAAAACUCAGGCAUAUUGGCAAAGACUCUCUGACCAGUAUCUAGAUAUAGAAUACAUUUUCUGGCUUAAAAUCCAAAUAGCAUCUAGCUUGAAUGAAAAGAGGUCUCACAUGUUGGAAGUAAGUGAUCAUUUUCUGACUGCUUACAUAUCAGAUGUUUUGAGUGAAGAUACAUCUGGAAACUGUAGAUGGAAGGAAUACGAUUGUGCUCCUUUCAAGCUUUGCUGGUUAGUUCAAUGGUCUCUUAACCUGUCUUGUACUGUUUAAUGCUGUGUAGAAUGAAUGAUGUUGAUAAAGAAACAAAAUUAAUAAUGUGAAGUGUAGUAUUGAUAUUGUA